CACAAAGAAAAGAUGGCGGACCUGGUGAACGUCGGGGUGAACCUGGACGCCUUUUCUCACGCCAUCAGCGGCAUCCAGGCGCUGCGCUCCAGCGUGAGCCGCGUGUUCGAGUCCCUGAAGGACGGCAUGAAGAACCGGGACACCCUGGAGGGCCGAGAGAAGCAGUUCAUCGUGGAGUUCCAGGACAACCUGCAGGCGGUCAACAGGGACCUGAAUGAGUUGGAGCGUCUCAGUGGUCUGGUGGGCCGUCCUUCAGAGUCCCACCCGCUCCAUAACAGCGGUCUCCUCAGUCUGGACCCGGUUCAGGACAAAACCCCGUUGUACUCCCAGCUGCUGCAGGCCUACAAGUGGUCCAACAAGUUGCAGUACCACGCUGGUUUGGCCUCCAGUUUAUUGAAUCAACAAUCACUCAAACGAUCGGCCAAUCAAAUGGGAGCUUCAGCCAAGAGACGACCUAAAGUCCAACCCAGUACUCUGGUACUACCUCCUCAGUAUGUGGAUGAUGUCAUCUCUCGGAUCGGCAGGAUGUUUCCUGAUAUGACCAUCGAGCUGUUCAGACCCAACGGGACGUCUGCUGUACUCCUGGUAAGAAAACAGGUUUUAUCCUACUGUGCUGGUACCAGGUGUGUCUCAGCUGGUAACAGGUGUGUCUCACCAGGUACCAGGUGUGUCUCAGCUGGUAACAGGUGUGUCUCACCAGGUACCAGGUGUGUCUCAGCUGGUAACAGGUGUGUCUCACCAGGUACCAGGUGUGUCUCAGCUGGUAACAGGUGUGUCUCACCAGGUACCAGGUGUGUCUCAGCUGGUAACAGGUGUGUCUCACCAGGUACCAGGUGUGUCUCACCAGGUACCAGGUGUGUCUCAGCAGGUACCAGGUGGGCUUUAGGUGUGUCUCAGCAGGUACCAGGUGUGUCUUAGCAGGUGUGUCUCAGCAGGUAGCAGGUGUGUCUCAGCAGGUACCAGGUGUGCUUCACCAGGUAACAGGUGUGUCUCAGCAGGUACCAGGUGGGCCUCAUGUGUGUUUCAGCAGGUAGCAUGUAUGUCUCAGUAGGUACCAGGUGGGCUUCAGGUGUGUCUCAGCAGGUACCAGGUGUGCUUCAGGUGUGUCUCAGCAGGUAGCAGGUGUGUCUCUCAGCAGGUACCAGGUGUGCUUCAGGUGUGCUUCACCAGGUAGCAGGUGUGUCUCAGCAGGUACCAGGUGUGCUUCAGGUGUGCUUCACCAGGUAGCAGGUGUGUCUCUCAGCAGGUAACAGGUGUGUCUCACCAGGUAGCAGGUGUGUCUCACCAGGUAGCAGGUGUGUCUCACCAGGUAGCAGGUGUGUCUCACCAGGUAACAGGUGUGUCUCAGCAGGUAGCAGGUGUGUCUCACCAGGUAGCAGGUGUGCUUCACCAGGUAGCAGGUGUGUCUCAGCAGGUAGCAGGUGUGCUUCACCAGGUAGCAGGUGUGUCUCACCAGGUAACAGGUGUGCUUCACCAGGUAGCAGGUAUGUCUCACCAGGUAACAGGUGUGUCUCACCAGGUAACAGGUGUGCUUCACCAGGUAGCAGGUAUGUCUCACCAGGUAACAGGUGUGCUUCACCAGGUAGCAGGUAUGUCUCACCAGGUAACAGG